AUGUUUUUCUUUUUUGUUUUGUCGAUCUUGUCGUUAAUAAACGAGGCUCCGAUUCUUGAAAAAGAGCAAGUUCCUACUUUCCAGACAAUAGAAACCAGUGAAAAUACAACAGAAUUGGAAUCAAGAAUCAAUGCUGAUAACACAAUUACUUCUGGAGAAUUCAGUGGUGAUAACCGCCAAACUCUAGAGUACUAUGCCUGCUCACUUACAAUCAAAAAUGCAAAAUUCAAUCAGUUAAUGGCAUUCGGUGCAGGACACUCAGCUGGUAACGGCGGUGCAAUAUUCUGUUGGCACUCUACAGUUGAUAUUCGCAAUGAUGCCAUCUACUCAAACGAUUUCUCUAAAAAUCAAGCUGCUAUUGGUGGUGCCCUCGCUCUUCUAUUUUCGAAUGCUAUUAUCGAAAAAGUUUCAUUUAACGAAAAUACUGGUUAUCAACACGCCGGUGCCAUAUAUUUCCAAGGUGAUCAGCGCUUUUCAACAGCUACCACUGCCUGCCAAACAGAACUUAACCUAAUAGAUUCAAUUUUCGAAACAAAUAAUGGUGGUGACAUCGGUGGUGCUAUUUUAUCAACAGCCGCUACAAUUGUUUACAUGAAUCGUUGUAAAUUCACUAGCAACAAAGCCAGAUUUGCAGGAGGUGCUAUGUGGCUUCUUAACUCACCAGCGAAUAUCUUCAAUACACACAUUCAAAAGAACGAAGUUGGUAUUAAAGGUGAAGAUAAUAGGUUCCGCUUCAUGGAAAAUGGUAAAAAAUAUAUGAAAGAUGAUUCGUAUCAUUUCAGAGGUCGUGGUGGUGGUGGUAUAUACUUCUUAUCAUCAAAAGAUGGCACACUCAUUGGAAUUGACAGAAGGCAUCUUUAUACAGAGAAAGUUUGCUUCACUAACAAUAAAGUUUAUCACGGAACAAACUUUGCUAAAAACAAGCCAAAUCCAGGUCACCAUUUGAUGUUUGAUGGCUAUACAUACUGGAAUUCAUACAAUGACAAAUUUUUGGUACCAGACAUUGAUGGCGGAGAAGACAGUUACGCAUUUGGAUCUGUAAGCAAGGAAUGGGAUAGCAAAGUUAUUGAAAAUUUCCGCGAGGUAGGUAAUCUUGACAGCUGCGAACCAUUAGAAGGUGAGGAACCUGCCGAAACCCCAGUACCUUAUCCAUUUAAAUCAACAGAGAGUUCAACUGAUGGUACUUUUUCUGUCCCAGAUGCCACUCCUUACACUUAUGUUGCAACACCAAUUACAAGACUUCCUCAACAAACAACAAAAUCACCCAUCACAUUCCCAAUAACAAAAACAUAUGCAAGACCUACAACACUAACAGCAACACAAUUUGAACCAAUAGAUUACGAAUAUCCUGAGGCAUCAGCUAACGAGUAUGUAAAAGAGACCAAAUUCCAAUACUAUACAAUCGCAAAUGUUCAAAAAGAAACAGUUAAUUAUUCUUUAAAGGAAAAUUUCACGAUUGAAAAAGAUACAGAAACUGUUAUAUUCACAUCCACUCAAACAGUUAUACAAUGGGUUUCAAAACAGAUGGGAGGAGCAUACCCAACUACAAUUGUAAACAAUUUAACAGACACUUAUAUACCAACAUAUGUUAAAUUAACAUCUGGCACAACAAAUCUAUACAUCCCAUACAAGACUACAAUGAAUUUCGACACAAUUACCGUUGCAUUAGUCAAUGAAAAUAUUGAGACAAAAUUGUCAACAACAUGGACAAUAAGUAAAGAUACAGAAACAAUAGGAUUAACAUUUGGAACCGCAACGACAUCAUAUUACUAUAUGCAAGCAAGUGAUUUUAGUGAAGGAAAAUGGUAUUUCAAGAAGCUUGAAAAAUAUAAUACAUUGACAUUUUCACUUGAAAUUAAAUCACUUACCUAUAUGCAAACUGAUGUCUACAAUGCAACUAAAUGCAAUGACCAAAACUGUUUCAAUGGAGAAAGAAAUAGUAUGCAUACAAUAUUAUAUAAAUUACCAUUUAAUGAGACUUAUACAACUUCGUCUUCAACUCAUAUUGAUACGAGAAGUGCAACACUUUGGACACUUGAUGUAGGAGCAGCCAUAUCUUUACCUAGUUAUAACAAUUAUGAUGCUGCAUCUCUUCUUACAAAGUCAACGACAACAUAUGUAUAUGAAAAGAAGCGCACGUCUACAUUUGAAAUAUCAAUUACAAGAGCAACAGAGUUAAAGACAAUUGUUACAUUUGUAUAUACAAAUGUAUUUCUCAACACAUUCGUUAAAAUUAGCAAUGAUCCAACAUGGACAUUUACAAAGACUUAUGCUUUCAUAGAAACUGCUACAAAAAUGAAUGCAGGUGAUAAUUUAACUGUUGCAUCAUGGGUUUAUACAGAGACAGAUGUACCUAGUUCUAAAAAUACUAUGGCAACAACAGAUUAUAUAGCAUACGAUCCAUCCUAUACAUUUGAUACAAAUGCACAAACUAUUUCCUAUGAACUCAAAGGUACAUGUAUCCGCGCCCAGCAAUCAUCUAUCGAAUUAAAUGAGCUACCUAUAUUAACAAAAAUCAGUUCAAUUAGUACUCUUUAUAAAUCAACAUGGACAAAGGUUAAUUUAUCUAGUAAUACAGAUACUGUCAUCUUUACAUACACAGCAACAAACUCGCUUUAUGAGAUCAAUACCUAUGUAUAUAACACUUUGCCAUUUGAAAUCGGAGUUGAAGUUGAUAACUGUGGAUAUGCAGACAAAACCAUAUCAUCAACUACGUUGAAACUAAAUACAAUUCCACGAACUAUAGUAACUCCAAAGCCUACAAACCCACUCGCGACACUAGUGGAAUCAUUAUAUCCUGUUGACAAAGAAACUAUAACAGAUUACAAAACAAUCACAACAACAAGCGCAUGCUAUUCAUCAGGAACAAGUAUUCCAACAACUAUUAUUGCUUAUACAAGUACAUUCACACAAGUUGGCAAUGAACGCAAAUACACAUAUGCUACAGUUACAGAAAUUAUUUUCACCGAAAAUAAUGCAGAUAAAUGCACUAACGUACCAACUUCAUCAAUUAUCUCAUCAAUAAAGACUUACACAGAUAUAAUUGAAAAAACUUCUACACUUAGUUUCACAAAGACACAACUAUACUAUGAAGGUGCUACAGAAGUGAUAGUACCAGAAAAUUCUAAUUGUGCUUAUUUAACAUUACCAGAAAAGGAAAAAGUCAAAAUCGAAAACCCAGUUUAUUCAUAUUACACAAAUAUUUAUACAAUCAGUUCAACAUUUGUAGAAGAAAGUGAAACAACAGUUUACAACUCGCGAACUCUAAUUCUCACUCCAACGCUAAUGUAUGGCUAUGCAUUUAGUAUGCCAUUCAAAACACAAAUUGUUACAACACUAGAGUGUAAGCCAGGUUUGGUUGCUAAAAAAGUGUCUAGUACUACAACAACAAUAUCAAUUGGUGAUAUUCCAUCUCCAACACCAGCCAUUACUCCAAUGGAAACACCAAUGCCAUCUCCAGCCAGAACAUCAGCCAUGAGAAGUGAUCAAACAUACAUCACUACACAGACAAUUUACAUCACAAAGACAAUGUCCAACGUCACAACAAUUGUUCCUACAACAACACACAGAAACACAUCACUCAAUGAUAAUGGCACCUACGUGAUUGUUGUCGAAGUCACAAAGAUUAUCACAAUUGUUCCUUCAGAAGUUUACACAUUGGUAUACGGUGAAUCCAUGGUUUUCACAGAUGCAAACACAAGCGGAACACCUAACAAGAACAAGAAACUCAUCAUCAUCGCAGCUGUUGUAUCAGCAGUCAUUGCUAUCAUUUUGAUCGCAGUCCUCGUUUGGUUCUUUGUCAGCUACUCCAGGUCAUCGUCAUCAUCAGAUUCUGUUGUCGAAAUGGAUGAAGAAACGGUCUUACACGUUCCUGACAGCACAAGCGCUCCAAUCACAAAUGAUAACCCACUUUGGACAACAUCCGUCAUGGGUGACACUGAUGAUCCAUUCAGAAACGAUUUCGAAGAAGUUGCCGCUGAAGGCUUCUUCAACGAACGUGCUGAAACUGUCGAUUCAGACCCGUGA